UCUUACGUAUAUAUAUGCAAAAUUAAAAAUUAAAAAUUUUUAACAAAAUUAAAAAUGAAUAUAAUUAGUUACAAAAGUUAUUUAAUUGAAAUUUAAAAUUUAUAAUUCAAUACUUUUAUAUCGAUCUGAAUAUAUCGACUAUUCGAUAUUAUCGAAUGUCGAUAUAUGUCUACUCGACACAUCACACAGGGACAUGUGCCGUACUGCCGUGUAGAGCUGCUGAAUGUGAGGUUAUGCAUUACAGGAUCAUCAGCUGUUAUUAUUGACAGCGAUUUUCUCGAGGAAAUAUACAGAAAAAGAAAACAAAAUGUCAUCGUGGAAGAAAGCGGCGAAGGCGAGCCAGAAGACUCAUCGGGAACGUCAUCAGCCAGAGACCCGCAAACACUUGGGACUAUUGGAGAAAAAGAAGGAUUAUAUCGCUAGAGCCAGGAACUUUCAGGAAAAGCGGGCGACGAUCAAGCUCCUGAGAAAGCGCGCGCUCAACAAGAAUCCGGACGAGUUCCACUUUCAUAUGAUCAAUUCCAAGGUGGUAAACGGCGUUCACCGGGAGAAGGAUAAGGAGGAUCAGCAUACGCCCGAACAGAUCAAGUUAAUGGAGACUCAGGACCUUAAAUACAUAGCAUACAAGAGGAAUAUUGAGGCGAGGAAGAUAGAUAAGCUACAGAGUCAGUUACACAUGAUUGACACAGCCAAUGAGACCCCGAAUCAGCACAUUUUCUUUGUGGACAAUGACGAGAUGAAAAAUUUUGACCUAGCUGAAAGACUGGGCACACAUCCGGCACUUCUGUCCAGACGCACCAAUCGACCAACGCUGAGCGCGAUCAAGAGCAUGAAGCUGCCAGAGUUAGAUGACAAAACUGUCACUAAACUUGAACAGAAAAAACAAAUGGCUUACAAAGAGCUUGAGAAGAGGGUCGACAGGGAACGCGAACUCACAAUUGUGCAACAGAAGCUGGAAGUGCGCAGAUUGCUGAAGGAUAAGAAGGCCAGGAAACCGAAACUAGUGAAAUCUGGUUCGAAAGACGCUGCUCCGAUUUACAAGUGGAAAUUUGAGAGAAAACGAUAAUUUAUGUAUUAUGGAAUUCUUAAUAUGAUUAGGUAAAUAAUAGUAUAUUAAUUAUGAACAUUGAAUAAAAAUUUAUAUUAUUUGAUAUAA